AUGGGUAGAAGAGAGGUGGAAAAUGGUAACACGCCCAGACACGCUGAAUGUCGACUGCUUCAGGACAGUACAGGAGCCCCGAUACUUCAGGAAGGCUACUCUAUUAUGGAGCAUAGUCUUUACAUAUCUGUCUCUGAAAUUGAAUGCUUGGGCAGAUUGGAGAUUUACUAUAGAUGUCUUGAAUCUCAGGCCAUUUGUCGUUGCAAGUCGCUGACGGCCGAGAGUUAA